GCAGCAGCGUCACAUGUUGUUUUUCUCCAGGAUCAGAUCAGUCUCUGGUCUGGUCCCACUGCACUGUUGCUCCUACCGUGGCGGACAGCUAUCAAUGUCUGCUAUGGAUUAGAUGAAAAAACGGGUUACAUUUAAAGCUUUUUUUUUUGCUGCGAGUUUGCUUUUCUUUCUUUAAAAAAAAAAGUCUUUGCUUAUCUGGAACCUGAAAAGAGAAGUGGAGAGAAAUGGCAAGUCCUCCGGCGACCGGAGGACACCUGUUAUCUAAUGGGACGAAUGGUGUGAAGAAGAGCGGAUACCUGAGGAAGCAGAAACACGGGCAUCGGCGCUUUUUCGUCCUCCGAGAGCCGACCGAGCGCUGUCCCGCCCGGCUCGAGUAUUAUGAAAGCGAGAAGAAAUGGAGAAACAAGUCCGCCGCGAAACGGAUCAUAACUUUGGACUCCUGUCUGUGCGUAAACAAACGGGCCGACGCCAAACACAAGCACCUCAUCGCCCUCUACACCAAGGACGAGUACUUCGCCGUGGCUGCUGACAGCGAGCAGGAACAGGAGAGCUGGUACAACGUUUUGACUGAUCUAAUAGCCGAGGGGAAAGUGUACGACAGCCCCGCUUCCACUUCCUCUUUAGUGGGCUUUGAGGAGAGCAGCUACGGACUCAUUAUUCCUGCAGCAGCUGUCUAUAAGGAGGUAUGGCAGGUCAACUUGAAAUCCAAAGGCUUGGGUCAGAUCAAGAACCUGACUGGCGUGUACAGGCUGUGUUUGUCCAGCCGGACCAUCAGCUUUGUCAAGCUGAACUCAGAAACAGCUGCUGUCAGUUUACAGCUCAUGAACAUCCGGAGAUGUGGCCACUCAGACAGCUUCUUCUUCAUAGAGGUGGGCCGGUCGGCAGUCACUGGGCCUGGAGAGUUCUGGAUGCAGGCAGAGGACUCGGUGGUGGCACAGAAUAUCCACGAGACCAUCCUUGAGGCCAUGAAGGCCAUGAAGGAGUUGUCUGAGUUCCGGCCGCGGAGCAAAAGCCAGUCUGCCAGCACAAACCCCAUCUCCGUGCCCACACGGCGCAACCUCAACAACCUCCCCCCCAGUCAGACAGGCCUGGUGAGGAGAUCCAGAACAGACAGCAUGGCAGCCACAUCCCCAGGGAGAAAGUUCACGUCGUGUCGGAUAAGAACAGCCAGCGAGGGAGAUGGAAGCGUCACGCGGCCUGUGUCCAUGUCCAUAUCUGUGAACGAGAGUCCUACCAGUCCAAACUCCGGCAAUCACCUCAGCCGGUCGCACACCCUCAGCAGUGGCCGCACCUGCAGAAUACUAGAGUCCACCUCCAACCUGCAUCAUAGCCUGUCCAUGCCAGUGUCCAACUCCCCUCCAGCUGCCUCCAGUCCCAUCAGCAUGUCUCCCAGAGGGGGGGCUCGCACCUGCACUCCUGACAAGGCCCGGCGGCCAUUCAGCUGCAGCGCCUCCAUCUCUGGCUCCCUCAGUGACACUGGUUUCAUGCUGUGUGACGAUUACAGCUCCAGCCCAGGUGACCCUAAAUUCCUCCCCCUGACCCGCAGCGACACACCUGACUCUCUGUCCAGCACGCCUCCAUCCCGUGACAUCAGCGACCCUUGUGGUUACAUGAUGAUGGAGGGGGCGAAUGGCAGCAGGUCUGUGGCUUGUGGCGAUGGUCUGAGCUUUGACAAGGCUUACAGGAAGCGGACACACUCCCUCACCACACCACGUCAACAGAGGGUGGUGGCGCCGCUGUCCUCUGCCUCCCUGGAUGAGUACACACUCAUGAGGAUGGCCCACGGACAGAGCUCUCACUCUGCCUCACCCAAAGUGUGCUACCCUGAGGAUUAUGGAGACAUUGAAAUCGGUUCAUCCAGGAGCUCCAGUAGCAACCUUGCAGACGAUGGCUACAUGCCAAUGACGCCAGGUAUAGCAUCCCAGUCUGGCAAGGUAGACAACUAUGUACCUAUGAGCCCCAUGUGCGUCUCGGCACCGAAGCAGAUUGUGAACCCCAGGGUGCACCCUCAGGCAGCUGCCAACGGCGGCUACAAGACCAACUCCCCCUGCAGCAGCUCUCUGGAGGACAACGGCUACAUGAGAAUGUGGUGUGGCUCCAAAUCGUCCAUGGAGAGCCCAGACAGGCAUGGUGAAUACAUGAACAUGUCACCUGGAAACGCACCUCCACUCCAGACCCCCCCUGAUUACUACUUGGGCCUGCUGGCUGGUGAACCUGCAUCAGUGAGGCCAGCUUACCAGACUGGCUCCCUCACACUCCCUGCUAAACUUCAAGCCUCCAAGAAUGAGGAAAGCAGCCAGUAUGUGUUGAUGAGCCCCCAGAGUUUGAGGCAGAGGAUGGGUGACUCAGACUAUUAUUCAGUGAUGCAGGCCAGUGCAGCUCAGACCUCACCACUGAGCCCCUCAGUUCCCUCCCCAGUAAGACACGGCCGGGCGGAGACCCUGCCCUACAGAGGGAGGCUGGGCAGACCUAACAGGCUAUCCCUAGACACCCUGAGGACCCUACCCAGCAUGAAUGAGCACCCCUUGCCCGGAGAGCCCCGGAGCCCUGGGGAGUACAUUAAUAUUGACUUCAGCAGCACCAGAUCCUCCCCGCCCUCCCUUGAAUCCACAGAGAGCCAGUCUUCAUCACUGGGUUCGAGCGGUGGGGGCACUGGGAGAUCCUCUUUGGCAGACUACAUAAACCUGGAGCUGGGCUCACACUCACCCAAAGAGGCCAACACUCCUGCUGAGCGCUUGGACACGCUUCCAGAGUUAUCGAUGUGCUCCUGCUCAGAGGAAGAUGGAGUGUACCAUCUGGAUAGUGAGAAAAGGUCUCAGAGCCUCUGUGAUGAGGUGAAAAAUGACUACACUGAGAUGACAUUUGGGAUGACCAGCUCGCCUCCACAGCUUGUUCCCCAAAACACAGCAAGCCAGAGCAGCAGGGAAAGGAGGCUCUCUCUGGGGGACCAGGGAGUCCCAGAAGGCAUCGGGGUUUUCCUGCUUGGGGCCACCUCCUCUUCCACGGUGGAUUGCUCUGCCAAGGUGAUUCGGGCCAAUCCACAGGGACGUCGGCGCCACAGCUCAGAGACCUUCUCCUCUACCGCCACCGUGACACCGGUCUUCCCGUCCUUCGCCCGUGGGGACAUGAUGAAGAGACACAGCUCGGUGGAGAACAUCUCAUCCCGGAGCAGCGAGGGCUCAGACGAGGAGUUCGGCAGCCCUGUGAACCGACAGAGCUCGAAUGGCUACCCGAACGGACUGAACUACAUUGCGCUGAACCUGCUGGACAACAGGGGCAUGGAGAAAUGUGAGGACCUGGCUGGCUUCAAACCCACCAGCAGCUGCAAAGGGGGUAUCAAUGGAUUACACAGCUCACCAUAUGUCUGUUUAGCAUUCAAGGAGGCUGCAACCACUGCCAAAGACUGAAGGACUCCUCUAUCCUCUGAUUUGGCGUCUCACCAACCUGCUGCUCGAAAACAAACAAAAUGAAAUCGACUUUGCCCUUCCACUGGGCACAGUGGCCCUAAAAGACUGUCUGGACCCUCAGCGACACUCACACACAAACAAACACGCACACACACACUCUUAGUAAACAAGCAGGUCACCAUCUAUGCAUGUCAUGAAUUUGCUGAAGGCGGAACAGGUGUGUUUGUGUGUGUGUGUGUGUGUGUGUGUGUGUGUGUGGGUUGUGUAUUGGUGCAUCGCAUGUUCCCUGCGCUUUCAGAGGCCAUUUUUCCUAUGACCCAAAUUUUGGUGCAAGCACAGAAGCAAAGAUAGUCAGACAAUAACAGAACUCUAAUGGUACCCAGAUACUAUUUAUUUACUUGAGGGUAGUUUUAUGACUGCCUGUAUGCGUGAGCGCAUGUGUUUCUGAGACAGAGUACGACCAACCGCUAUGUCAGUGAACAGUGAAACCUACUAUAGAAAUGGCCCAGGGAUCGAGGAUACCAAGGUACACUGAGUAUAUAACUAUAUUUAGAUUAGAUGUUUUAUUUAUUUUUGGAAGAAGAAUGUCUGAUAAGACCUACCCAAUGCCUUAAUGUCGAUACUGUCCUUAUGUUUUCUAUGAAACAUCUCUAUAUUGGUAUUCUGUUGUGAAAAGUGGAAAAUCCUAGCUUACUAUUAAGAAUAUUAUAUCAAAAAUGUACAGUACAGUUGGGCUGCUUGAGAUCUGAUUUAUCGUACUGAUAUUAAAGUAUUUUCUUAAUUACUAAUUUCUUAUUUAUUCUAACCUAGUUUAUUUUUUGUCCAAUAAAAACCGCUGGACUUAAUGAAAUAUAUUUCUAAAUGUCUUUAAACAUGUUAAGCAUGUCUUUGUAACUCAGCUCAGACCCCACAACACCAGGCAUCUGAAUGCACUGUACCUCCCACAGUUCCUCAGUCACUUGAGCCUGAAAACCUCACACACUCCUACCUUCAAACCUAUAGCCUGCUGUUAAGCUUAGUGCAGGCUGCUUCUGCUGUGAUCAUGUGAUGGUUCAACUGUCUAAUUGGGGUGACGAUGGAGGGGUGUGAGCCAAUGAAAAAUGCCCAGGUUGGGACACAGAAGAGACGGUUUCCAGUCAAUGAGCGAGGGCUGAAGUGAGGGGGUGGGAAAAGGGCCACCAGUGGCAGCAGUACUGGACAAGCACUGAGGGGGGAAGGCUCCGCAUCACAUAAGAAGUAGAAGAAGAAAAGCCAACAGCCACAUCUGGCACCAUCAUGGAGGUUCACUUGAGAACCUGCUGUCUAGAAAAUAUAAUUAUAUGGCUGCAAGAAGUUUGAUACAUAGUAACUGUAACAUUUUUAUAAGUUGAGUAAGUAUUAAGUAAUCACACUCACUCAACAUGUCAAGCAGUAUCUAUCUAAAGUAUAUAUCAUCAGCCAGUAUUAGCCACCAGAAGCUAUUGGUCAUACCAAGGCUGUAGUAAAGGUGUGCUCCCUGCUGAUAAAUUCAACUUUUUAUAGACAGUUAGACAAACUAUGUUAUAUCUUUCCAAUGGUUAUGUGGUCUUGCUUUAAUCUGAUGAAACUCGAUUAAUAGAGGAAUUAUAAUCUCUAGUCAAAUAUUACAAAAAAAUGUCUGCUUCCUGAGAGCUUUUCAAGAACCUCCUAAAUGCGGUUGGUUCGUUAGCAUCAUGUGACAUCCUGACCGUGUGGUCUUUGCGUUGUCCACUGUGCCAACUCCAAUUGGCUCACAACCCCUUUAGUGUACAGGAGAUUGUAAAACUUUUAACCAUGACUGAAUGUAUCACUGAACUGGUGGGAACACCACAGAAACAUAAUGUGGGAAAUGGUUUGGACAGAACUGAAUAAUAUUGGAGCUGUACCAUGCUAAGUGGUGGUAUUUAUUUAUCUUCAGAGUCUUGAAUGUGUAUAUUUUGUACAUAGAAAGAGUCUAACUAAAAAAAUUCUAUUGAAAAUGCAUAGAGUACUUAGAUUUUACCUAUGUUGCAAUGAUAUUCCUGUGUAAAGACUUUGGCUACCGAUUUUUAAAAAGGGGACGGGUUUUGCUUUGGGGUUGCAUAUUAUAUUGUAUGCGUUUCUCCCUCACAGUCUCUGUGACUAUUUGGAAAAAAAACAAAACAAAAAAAAAAAGAAAACAACAAAAUACUCUGUCUAUUUUAUUAUAGAGAUCUCUUUGCCUUGUUGACACACUUUACCUAAUGGCAUAUGCAAUAGUGACAUGAAUACAACCUAGUUUACAACUGUGGAACCAAAUGUAAUAUUGCAUUGAUUUUUUUUUUCUGUGUGUGUGUUGAGCAGAAGUCGUUUUGCUCCUUGUACAUUUCUCUUUCUGCCAAGUGUUUUGUUUUUGUUGCUGGGAACCUUGUUCUUGACACAUCUCAAAGCGCUCUCCCCAUUUCUGUGUCCAUGGACAGACUCCUCUUUCAUGGACUGACUCAGUCUGGAUGUGUCGUUGUCUUCCAUUGUACAUAAUUCAAUAUACUGUUUAUUGUGAUGCUCACGAGAGAUGACUAUAAUGAUUUAUAAAUUCUGGUAGUCGAGUAUUGCUUUUGUCUGUAUUGAUUAUGGAUAGCAAACUACAGAAAUAAAUGAAUUUAUUUAAAGAGGUA